AUGAUUUUUUACCUCUUCCUAGCCGCAAUUGCCCUCCUGCUCUUUCACAAUUACUACUGGAAGCGUCGCAAUCUCCCCCCUGGCCCACCUCCCCUCCCCUUCCUUGGCAACAUUCUCUCAUUGGCCAACGAAACCCGUUGGGAAGUGAAAUUCCAGGAAUGGACCUACCAAUACGGCACAACUUUCACGUAUUGGCUGGGCAAUCUUGGGUUUGUGGCGGUAUGCGACUACAAGGAUAUGGUCAAGUAUUUCGUGGAGAAUGCGGACGUUUUCUCGGAUCGGUUCUGGUUGAAGAAUGCGGUGGAAGAGGUUCGAGGUGGGCAAUUUGGGGUCUUGACAUCGAGCGGCGACAUUUGGAGGGAACAUCGGAGAUUUGCGUUGAAAGUCUUGAGGGAUUUUGGAUUGGGAAAGAAUGAGAUGGAGGAGAGGGUAAGUGGCUAAUAUUUUGUCAAGAUCUUUGUGUAUUCGAGCCUGUAUAUAACGCCACUUGUCUGUAACGAAAAAAAAAAUUUCAGCGGCUCCAAGAGUCAAUUUUAAACCUCCUUAGAACAAAACCUUCUUAUAACAAAACUUUUUUUCUCCUUUGAAAUGUGUUAUACCGAGGUUUGAUGGCCUACGCAUAUACACACGUAUGCAUUUUUUCAGAUUCUGGCUGAGCUCCAUACAGUUUUGGAGAAAGUGAACAAUCAAAUGGGUGCCGAAGAAACCGACUUUUUCAAGUUCUCUGAUAUGGCUGUUGGGUCCAUUAUCAACUCUAUUCUCAGCGGGUAUCGCUUCUCCGACGUAGGUAUUCCACGGAGAAGAAAUAUACAUAUAUUGGCAGAGCUGAUCCAGUGGCAAAAAACGUAUCAUGUUGGAUCCUGGAGGUAUCACAAAAUGUGGCAAAAUACCUCCCUCUCCAAGUGAAAAAAAACUUCAAAAGCGUCUCGCUUUUUUAUGCCCUUCUAAACGAAGGUUUUGUAGUUGGAGAGGGAGGCAUUUUACCACAUUUUUUGAUACUACCCGGAUGAAAAAUGCUACGGUUCUUGUCACUGGAUCAGAUCCACUGUAUAUUUUUACAAAACCAAAUUUUAAUAUAACCGCUUUUCGCAUGAAUUUCAUAACCUUGUAGGGCCACGAAGAUCAGUUCGAAGAGAUGAAAUUCGUUACAGCCGAGGCCAUGAAAGCCUUUACCAGCGCGGAGGCCAACUUUGUCUUCAACAACCCCUGGCUAAUGGAGGUGCCGGUGAUAAAUCGACGCGCCAAAGACGCCGUCAAGUACAUGGCGGCGAUUUUCGCGUUCCUGGACAAGCAAAUCCAACAACAUUUGGCCGAGAAUGAUUACACGCAGGAUCUGGAGCCCAACGAUUACAUUGAUGCGUAUCUGCUGGAAAGAGAGCGGCAUAUUCGAAGUGAGGGAGACGAAGGGCUCUUCCACAUGACCCAGUUGCGCAACAUGUUGACCGACUUGUGGUUCGCGGGCCAGGAGACGACUAGCUCGACGAUCACGUGGAUUAUCGCCUACUUGAUUCGUCAUCCGCAAGUGCAGGAGAAAAUGCAAAAAGAGCUGGAUACGGUGAUUGGGAGCAAUCGAAUUAUCCGCAAUGCCGAAAGGAAUAGUUUACCCUAUACGAAUGCUGUUAUUAUGGUGAGAAAAAGGUGUAGAAUUAAGAGAAAUUUUGGUUUUAGGAAUGCCAAAGGUGCUGCAAUUUGCUGAGUCAAAACAUCCCACGAGCCCUUCAACAGGACUUUGAGAUUGAUGGCUACAAGUACAAGAAGGGCACAAUUGUCCUCCCUCAAAUCUCGGUGCUUCUGCGCAAUCCGAAGGUAAGGAAAUAGGCGGGUUUCUUUUAGAAAAUGAUGCCAAAUUAACCCUGUACCAAGGAAUUUAUUCGUUAUAUAAUAUAAAUCUGUCGGGAAAAUAAUGAAGAUUUGUCGAAGAAAAAUGUCUCACGUCGUCGUAGCCGUGCACCAAAACCCUAGCCGUGGGCAGCUGUGGUAGGCGAUGGGGAAUUUGAAAGGCGCAAUAGAUCCACAUUAUUUUUCCGACGGACUGAUACAGUGGGCGACCUGAUCCAGUGGCAAAACACAUACCAUUUUGCAUAAAGGACGUUUAAAAAAUGUAGCAAAAUACCUCCGUCUUCAAGUGAAAAAAACAGCGGUUUCAAAAGCCCGCGCGGUCUUUUUGUGAGGUAAAUUCAAAACGGAGUUUUUUUUUUAGCUGGAGAGGAAGGCAUUUUGCGACAUUUUUGAUACUUCCUGGAUGCAAAAUGAAACGUUUUUUGCCACUGAAUCAGGUCCGUCACUGUAGAUGAAUUUUGCUGCACCGAGGUUGCAGUGACUUUCGAGGAUUUUGGAACUGUUUAUUUAUAAAUGGAAAGAUUUUGUUGUGCGUCCUUUCAAUUUUUCCAAGUCCGAGAAACUGAAUUGAAAAUCAUUGCACAAAUUUUCCAAGUUUCACCAAUUUCGGGCUCCAAAAUUUGGAAUAAAAAUGUCGAGGGUCAGUACGGAAGCCUCGGAGAACUUCGGCCCGUCAUAUUUGGUGGACAAAAAAUAGGGUACCUUGACUUCAAUUUGACAUAAAUUUUAUCGAAAUUGGUGCAUUAAUGGCGGAGAAAUGCUUGACAUAAGGAUGGAAGCUUCGGCUGAACCACCCUGUACAAAGCAACCCUUUUUUCUUUCAGGUCUUCCCAGAGCCCGAUAAUUUCAACCCCGACCGAUUCAUCGACGAAAAUGGAAAGCUGAAACAAGUGGAAGAGCUGAUCCCAUUCUCGAUCGGCAAACGAAUCUGCUUGGGCGAGGGAAUGGCCAGAAUGGAGCUGUUCCUCUUCACGGCCAACUUCUUCAACCAGUACAAGUUUUCGGCCGGAAAGAUUGCGCCAACCUUGAAGAAGACGAGUGGAGCCUCGACGAUGACCCAACCUUACAAAUGCAAGAUCGAGUUGAGAAAAUGA